GCGUCGCGCGACCCCACACUCGCGCUUAACAUGCAGGCAACGCUAUCUCUGCUCUACCACAUUCAGAUGCCCGAAACAGGGUCACGAUCCCGUUGCCAGAGAUGAUAGCGUGACCAAGUUGAGAUAGCCAUAGCUUAAUCCUUAUAUUGCUAUCCGACUUGGACAUCGGCGACAAUUCUCGACAUCAGAAAAUGCACCGCUGAAGGAUCUCAAGCCCCAGCAAAGCCCAGCUACAUUCAGCAGCAAGUAUGGCUCCGGAAAGCAAGGACAAGCCCUCCACCAGCGACAUCGAGUUACCUGCGACGAUCGGACGCCUCGGACACGCCAAUGGUAGCUCAUCGUCGAGCGCCAACAGCGAUCCAGGGGACGUAGAGGGUGACCUGCCUCCGCCCCCUCCGGUCUUGGACCAUUUCAGCACACUGUCCCUGAUCGGCACGGCCUUGUCCGUCUUGAAUACGUGGAAUGCCGCAACACAGUCCAUUUACGUGUCACUCCCAGCGGGAGGUAAUACCUCCAUGCUCUGGGGCAUGAUUGCAGGAGGCAUGGGAUCUCUGCUCAUCGCAUCGUCAUUAGCAGAGAUCUGUCAUGUACUGCCACUGACGGGGGGCCAAUAUCAUUGGACUUACAUUCUGGCCAAGCCCUCCGCUCGGAAUUCCCUCUCCUACCUCACUGGCUGGCUCGCAUGUUCUGGAUGGAUCGUCCUCACAGCUUCAGCGCCCUACUUUGCGGCUUCAUUGACACUCAGCAUCAUCUCAGGAUUUCACCCUGACUAUGUCUCGACGUCCUGGCAAUUCUUCUUGGUAUACAUGGGCUACACGCUUUAUGGCGCAAUCGUGUGCUGUUUCGGUGCACGUAUCUUCGACUGGAUGAACCGCAUUUCCAUGUGGUCUAGCGAUGCUUCGGCCAUUACCAUCUUCCUGACCUUGCUGGCCUGCGCUGCAUCCGAACAUCGCCUCAAUUCGGCUGCUUUCACCUUUGGGAAUCACAUCAAUAUCACAGGUUGGCCGGACGGAGUCGCCUGGAUUCUUGGACUGCUGCAAGCUCAGUAUGCUCUCGUUGGCGUUGAUGGUGCAGCUCACUUGGUGGAUGAGAUCCAUGACGCACAUGUGAACAGCCCUAAAGCUAUGGUCUUUGCUAGUCUGAUUGGCUCCCUCCACGGCUUUGUCGUCCUGGUUGCUGUGGCUGCCACCAUGACCGAUCCUCUCGCCAUCAUUGACGCUGGCGCUUCGGCAAUGAUGGAAGCUUUCACACAAGGGACAGGCAGCUUGGCCGGCGGCACAGCUCUGACGACCCUGGGUCUUUUCACUUUCACUUUCAACACACCUGCUCUUUUGACCUCGGCUUCUCGCAUGGUCCAGUCUUUCGCUGCUGAUGGAAACCUUCCAGCACGUACAUACAUCUCCAAGACAGACGCUAAGCACGAGACACCUAUCUGGGCCGUACUGUUCUGCACUGGCUGGCUUACCAUCCUUGGCCUUCUAGAAUUCGGGUCCGACCUUACUUUGGCCGCAAUUCUCAACACCUCUGUUGUGCUGAUACAGUUCUCAUACCUUCCCACGAUUGCAUUGCUCAUGAUGAACCGCAAGACAUUCCAUUUACAUGCUCGCAAGCCACUAAAAUAUUCAAUGGGCAACAGAUGGGGUCCUAUCGUCAAUGCCCUGGCCUUCGUCUACAUCGUCUUGACGUCCCUCUUCUUCUUCUUCCCUACUUCGGUCCCUUUGACCUCGUCGGAAGACAUGAAUUGGACUGUGGCAGUCUUUUCGGCAGUUGUCUUUUUGGCUGGCCUGAACUGGAUCUUCUUCGCUCGUCACGGAGCUCGAGUGCCCGAUGAGAUUAGGAACAAGCUCGGCUUGGACUUCGACGAGCACUUCGCAGCGCAACUUGAAACUCGUGCAAAUUGACCGUCCGGUAGUACUUUGAACACCGCUGAGGGCACACGAGACGCUGUGCUCUUCGCUAAUCGGGUGUUCAUCGCCUCUCCACUAGUACGCUCUCGACCUGCCCUUCCGUUCGACGAACGCACUACUCCUCCCCAGGCAUGGGCACUCAAGAACAGCAAAUUGGGUCCACUGAUGGGCUUGCUUCGAUCUCAUGGCAUAUGGCUCUGGUGACCUUGCCGCUGGGAAGGCAUGUCCUUCUCCAGCUGCCAAGUCGUCAGGGCCGACUCGACAAUCGGCCGCACCAGUUUCCGACCCCCAGUGGCCACACGAUGAGUCCAGACCAUCUGCCGGUGGCCCAAUUGCUUGCUGUGCUCCCAGCGCUUC